CUCUUUGUUUUCAUUUGGCUUUUGGCGUUGAUCUUCAAAAAAAAGAUUUUCAUCAGUCGAUCUUAGAAAAUCUGGAAAAGACGUCUACCACAAAGAAUUUACCACACAAAGAGACAUGUCAGCCGGAGAAUCUUGGAGUCGUGAAGUUCACGGAAAAUUCAACGAACUCUUGACCUCGUUUGAAAAACGUGAGAGCGAGCUGACAAGAUUGAGCGAGCAACUCGAAAGAGAUCGGGCUGAAUUUGAACAAGAAAUGAAGACCAGGCGAGAAAAAGAGGAAAUGGAAAUUCAAGAACAAUACAAAGAUAUUGACGAGACCAGGCGACGGAUCGAAAAAGAAAAGAAAAGAAUGGAAGAGGUGCAUGAAUUUCAGUCGUCACCUGUUCAUCUUAAUAUAGGAGGGCAUCGUUUCACAACUUCCCUUCAGACACUGAGGCGAGAUAAAGACUCGAUGCUGGCUACCAUGUUUUCUGGGAGGCACAAACUUCUACAAGAACCAGACGGGAGUUAUUUCGUGGACAGAGAUGGCACUCAUUUCCGGCACAUUUUGAAUUAUCUCCGCGAUGGCGUUAGACCUGAUAUGCUUCCCCAAGAUGAAGUAUCCCUGAGGGAGAUCAUAAACGAGGCGCAGUAUUAUCAACUCAAUGAUCUAGUGGCUGGCGUUGAGAAUGUGUUGGAUCCGCCGCCGCCGGCACCAGACUUCACCCAGGACGAAAUCAAUAACCUAUUAGCGACCUUGACGAGACAAGCUUGCUCCAGCACCCGUCCUUCAUCAUCAAGUCAGCAGGUGCCUAGACCAGAUUCAGGAUUAAGCUCCUCUAGAUUUAAAAAUGCAGACUUUGUCUUCCACAACAUGACCAAAAGUACUCUAGAUUUCAGUGGUAAAAACCUGUCAGGUCUUUCCUUUGCUCAUACCACCUUUGCGCAUAAUGUUUCAUUUGCAGAAGCUUGUCUGGUAAACACAUGCUUCUAUGGCUGUGAGUUUUCUAGUUAUGUGGUGGUUGAUUUCACAAAUGCUGACAUCUCAGGUGCAGAUUUCCGACAAUGUCGCUGUAUACAAAGUGGCCCUAAUGCAUUCAGUAGUCUUGGGGGUGUCCCAGCAGGUACUGGUGGUUUUAUGUUUGGCUCCAGCUGUUCCAGUUUUACACAGCUAAUAAAGACAGGUCAUGUCAAGUUUACUGGUGCACGGCACAUUGGUACCAAAUUUGAGCCACAUAUUAUUGAUUUCAUUAGUUUUUGAUGUAGAGGAGUGUUAAU